GACAAAGUUGUGAUAAAUCGAUAUUGGUUCGACAUCCAGUAGGUAGUGUUGAUCGAAACCUUCGACACCUUCAAAACACAAACAUGUUCCAUUUUUUUGACAAAUACGCAGAUCCCCGUGUGCAAGAUUAUUUCCUCAUGAAAUCACCCUGGCAGUUAGUUCUCACAUUAGUCCUCUACUUUACAUUCGUUUUAAAAGUAGGGCCGUCACUAAUGAAGAACAGAAAAUCGUGGAAUCUUACACUAAUUCUCAUUAUAUACAAUCUUUUACAAAUCAUUGCGAACGGCUUCGCUUUCCACAAGUACUUGAAAAUAAUCCCUGUCCUCAAUUUCAUGUGUACUCCUGUGGACAAAAGCAACAGCCCUACCUCCAUGGCCGUUGUACAAAUUCAUUACGACUACACCCUAUUGAAGUUUUUCGAUCUUUUGGACACGGUUUUUUUUGUUCUUCGUAAGAAAAAUUCGCAGAUAACUUUUCUCCAUCUCCACCACCACAGCGGUAUGUUAGUAAGUACCUGGAUAUCGGGGAAGUACUUUCCAGGAGGUCAUGCUUUAUUCGUUGGAUUUCUUAAUACGUUUGUUCAUGUCGUUAUGUACAGUUAUUACUUAAUGACUGCGUGGAGUUCCGAGGGUUGGAAGAAUGUUUGGUGGAAGAAAUAUUUGACACAACUGCAAAUUGCACAACAUGCGUUUAUAUCUGUUACGUUUUUGGCGCAGUUGGUUAAUCCCAGUUGUACUUAUCCCAAAGAGUUGAGUGGACUUUUUCUGGUUACCGCGGUAUGGAUGACGGCGCAGUUCUGCCAGUUCUACGUCAAGAGUUACAUAAAAUGUAAUAAACUGUAACAAAGAGAAUGAUAAAUACUCGAUGGCUCUACAGAUUUAGCAAAUUUAAAUGAGCAGUUAACCAGUUAACCUUACUGUACAACGUAAAUGGGUACCUCCGUCAAGCUGUUUUUAAAUUGG